AUGGGGGAGCCUGAACAUCAGCAGCUCAUGGAGAUGAGGACUGAGAUUAAUGGAGGAAGUGAGGAACCAGGGGUCCAGGAUUUGUUGGCAAAAACUCAUUUUCUUUGAUUAACAUUUUUUAGUUAUGCAAUUGGUUUGGGUAAUGUCUGGAGAUUUCCUUAUCUUUGUUUUAGAAAUGGAGGAGGAGCAUUCCUGGUUCCCUACGUUCUCACCCUCGUGUUUGCCGGGGUACCGAUGUUCAUGCUCGAGGUUGCUCUUGGACAAUUUCUAUCAAUAGGUGGACUAGGUGUUUACAAGAUUUCUCCAAUAUUUAAGGGUGUCGGUAUUGCUGCUGCAGUAAUGGCCUGCUGGUUAAAUGUAUAUUACAUCAUCGUUCUGGCCUGGGGUCUCUACUACUUUUAUGAGUCGCUAUCUUCAGAUCUCCCAUGGCGAACAUGUGAGAAUGGUUGGAAUACUGAAACAUGCAGAAAUCCCUAUGAAAAAGCGUACAAUGAAAGCUGCAGGCCGAGAGAGAAUGUUGCCUGCAGUAUCCUACCCGCAGAUUAUAAAGAUUGUAAAACGGAAGGUAUAGAGUAUAUUUCUGCUGACUACUGUGAGUUUAUGAACAAGUUCAAUGAAACGAUGAAUCUGUUUGUUCUUAAUGUGACCGACCCAGUACAAGAGUUUUGGGAGAAAAAGGCUUUACAACAGAGUCCUGGGGGGGGAAAAGUUUACAGCUGCAGGAAAGAUCUCCUUAAUGUACUGCAGGUUGUUUACUUUACUGCCCUGUUCCCCUACUUCCUGUUGGUAAUCCUGUUGAUUCGAGGAAUCACGCUGGAGGGAGCUUCUUUGGGUUUGGAAUACUACAUGAAACCUGAUUUAUCCCGACUAGGAGACUCAAGAGUAUGGAUUGAUGCUGGAACUCAGAUUUUCUUCUCUUAUGGACUUGGGCUUGGAGCUAUAAUUGCCCUGGGUAGCUACAACAAAUACCAUAACAACGUUUAUCAAGAUGCCCUGAUUAUCUGCGCUGUGAAUAGUUGUACAUCAAUGUUUGCUGGAGUUGUCAUAUUUUCCUUCCUUGGCUUUAUGGCGAAUGAACAAGGGGUAGAUGUGGCGGAUGUGGCAAAGAGCGGACCUGGACUUGCGUUCCUGGCAUAUCCUAGUGCUGUUUUACAGAUGCCUCUGUCACCUCUAUGGUCUUGUCUGUUCUUCUUCAUGCUCAUGUUCUUAGGUUUGGAUUCUCAGUUCUGUACGAUGGAGGGAUUUAUUACUGCUGUUGUUGAUGAAUUUCCUAAGUAUCUCAGGCCGCAUAAAGAAAUCUUCAUUGCUUUUGUUUGCUUCCUCUCCUAUAUCAUUGGAUUCUCCUGUAUUUCAAGGGGUGGUAUCUACGUAUUCCAACUGUUUGAUGAAUAUGCUGCUAGUGGAAUGUCUCUUCUCUUCCUCAUGUUCUUUGAAUGCAUUGCUGUCUCCUGGGGGUUCGGAGCUAGGCGUUUCCGUGAGGGUAUGAAGGAUAUGAUUGGUUACUAUCCAAGCUAUUUCUUUGUCGCGUGCUGGUCAGUUUUCACCCCAGCUAUCUGUGCCGGUAUCUUUCUCUUCAAGCUUGCUACCUGGGAGAACCUUGUAUACCAGGGCUACCAUUACCCCUGGUGGGCCCAUGCAGUCGGAUACUUCAUGGCGGGAAGUUCUAUGCUCUGUAUUCCAGUUUACGCAAUCUGGCUGUGGGUAACCACACCAGGAUCUAUUCAAGAGAAAAUAGAUUUGAUUGUUAGUCCCACACUGGACCUGACGGAAAUCAGACCUAAGGAUAGUAGCGCAGCACAACACUCUAAGCUGACCCAUCUUUAAGUACCACAGCGGUAUAGAUAGUUUACAGGACUGAAACUAGCGAACAACGACACAUUUGACCAGUUUAAAUCACUGUGAUUUGAAAUCAUUUAACGCUGUAGACUCUUUAACAAGACAAUUUACGACAUAGUUUGUUUUACCAACUUUAUUUUUCAUCCUUGUUUAUGAUACUGACACAGAAUAUAUUAGCUGAACUAUAAGUUUUAAUAAUAAUAUUAUAGAGUUAAAACAAUAAGACUGCAAAUUAAAUAAUGAAAAUCAUUAUUUUCGUGUGAUUUUCAAUUGAUUACAAAAAUGAAAUUAAUACAAUUUUAAUAUCACUUCAAGUUUUGCUAAUUUUAAAUGAAAAAUCAAAAUGUUUAUAAUGACUGAUAACAAAAUGAAAAAAACCUUUUCAAUAAUUUGAAUACAAAGCUUUCAUGAUAAAUUUUGAACCAGAGAACACCGAAUUAUGCACAAAAAACCUAACUAUGCAUUUUUAAAAUAGUUGUUUUGUAAAUAUUGUAAAUAAUGCUUUAACCUUGAUCCCUGUGAGUUUUUUAAAGGGUUUCUUGUUAAUGGAUUUCUAGCUCUUUUUCUUUUUUUCAAUUAUUUUUUUUUAUGUUUUCCAAAAUGGACUUUUCCAUUAUUUUCACUUAGGGACUUUCAUGGAGGCUUCUUGUGAGUUUAUUUUCUUUUUCGUCAUUGCUAUAUGUCUAAUGUAAAUAUUUGUAAAUUAUUACUUGCAUCAAAUAUAAAAAUUUCGAAUCUUUAUAUCUUUGCAACGUGAUGGUGCAAGCCUUUUACUAUCUUAUUUAUGAAAAUUUAUAAUUUGAAACGUCAAAGGUUAUGACACUAGAUUUCUCAGAUAAAAGGAUUA